AUGUCACUGAAUGGGCUCGACAAGCCUUGCUCUGCCGCCAAAUUUAUCACAGACACUCCCACUGUUAUGGCCGCACCCACUACAGCAAAACUCACUUCCCUGGUCAAUUCUACUGAGCCUAUCCCUGUGAUCACGCUUGCAAACACUGCCAAACCCAAGGCCAAACCCAAACCCAAACCCAAGGCAAAUCCUGUUAGUACCAAGUCCAGUGCAGUAACGGAGACAACACAUGUCGCUGCAAAUGAAGGUAACGCGUUGGGUGAUUUGAUUACUAUCAAUAAUAUCGUGCAAAAAGCUACUGCGAGUCAGAUUGGAGCGGCACGUGUAUUGAAGCGCAUUCCAAUCAAAUCCAGGCGGAAUGAUAUUGCUGAUGCAAUCAGGUCAGAUGGCAUGACAUUUGUUGGUAUUGGUAGCAAGGAAAAUCCAAGUGUUUUGGAGGAGGUUGGGGGAACAUCAUUGAAGCGUACUGCUGACUCGACUGCAGAAGGCGUGAUUCCAACAAAAAACAGGAAAAGACGAACGAAGGCGUGA